AUGACAAUGGAUGAACCCAAGCAGCAAGUGACCCUCUUAUGUGCAUUGAAAGUGAUAUGGAGAGACGAGUAUUUAUCGUGGAAUGAGAGUGACUACCCAGGGAUCACGUUUCUCGAGGUUGAUGUUGAUUUAAUAUGGAGUCCGACUAUCACAGUGUUGACGAGCAACAGUCCAGAUUUCUUACAACUGAAUCAUCGUCGUGUAGAAGUAUCUGCUGAGGGCACGGUUACGUGGGUGUCUCCAGCAAUCAUCACCAGUACUUGCUACUUUGAUGUCCUACUAUUUCCUUUUGAUGUCCAGAAGUGUGUCUUUGAAUUCGGACCCUGGGCUAGUCCUUAUAACAUAGAAGAACUGGACUUCUUUUUCGAACGGAACGAGACGACGGUCAACCGCUACCGCAAAAACGGCGUGUGGGAGAUCGUCAACGACACAGUUCGAAAAGAAUACACCGACUACAGCUCUCACGAAGAACCAUUUGCAGAGCUUCAUUACCACAUCACUUUCAGGAGGAUACCAAGAGUCUAUAUCUUGGGUAUCGUCAUCCCGUCUGUCCUACUCUCUAUAUCCACCAUGCUCAUCUUUCUACUGCCUCCCGAGUCCGGAGAGAAGAUCUCAUUUGGUGUCACUAAUCUCCUAGCUAUGGUACUCUUUCAGGAGACUGUCCGAUCUGCCAUGCCACCUACAGGCUCACCCAUUCUAGCGAAUUACAUUUGUGUAAUGAUGAUUGUAGCCUGCACAUCCCUUAUCAUUGAGGCAAUCGUCCUUCGGAUGUACAACCUGGGCAACGCCAGUGACAUACCAAGAUGGAUGCAACGUUUGUUCAUCAAAAAACACCAAACUGUGUCACUCUGUCGAAGAAAAGAGCCUGGGCUUCACGCUCCACUACAGAAGGGGGCUAUAAUCGUCCAUCACGAUGGCAGUGACGAUCCUGCAGAGCAUGUUUGUGAAGAUGAUCAAAAACUUCAAUGUUCCGAUUCUCGAAAUAUGUUAGAUAAUGCAGAAUUGUGGAAGAUGGUGGCGUUGUCUUUCGAAGAGAAGACAGCUUUCCUAACGCUUUGUGCGAUAGCUGGGAAUAUUUUCUUUACUUCUCUGUACAUAGCCAUAUUGUCCAAUAUUCAUUCACGUGUGUGAGGACAUAUAGCAGAUGAGGUCGUGUAAUGGUCCUGAAGUGAGAUUUGUCUUGGCGGACUUCAAUUCCCAACAGCCAUCGGUUGGCAAAGCCCGGACAGUCAGUGACAAAUGUUCCCCAUCGAUGCACAAGGUUGUAUGGAUGCGUGGUAACAAUGGUAUGGAACUUCUUUGAAAAUAAUCCUAAAAUGCAAGGAUUAUUAUAAUAUGGCUCUCUCGAAGACUUUAUCAUUAUCUUACACGUUUUAAAAGGAUGUUUCUUGCAUGCUAAUUCCGAUCGAUAAAUAUCUUUAAUAAUUUCACGACUCUGUAUAAUCAAAAUUUAUAUAGUACCCUAAAUCAAGCAUUCUGUAUUUGUUUCGUAUGAGUGUUACAAUACAUAUUUUCUUCAGUUCAAUAGUUUGAUAGGAUAUAUGUAAGUAAUUAUAUAAAUCUCAGUUUAAGAUUUCUUACAGUGUUUUUGCAAGCGUAUAUGUUCAUAUACAGAUGACGCCAAAUCAUUGAUAAUAUUUAAAAUAUAUCAUAUAAACCGAGUGCAUUUAUGUGUGUUUGUAUGAAAUUAUCUUUCAAGAAGUCUUUCAUGAAAAGAGAGACAUAUUUGUUCAUCUUCUGUAAGCUCGGUUAAAAUGAACAUAUAUCAAACAAUAACAUAAUGUUGACAGCAGUCCAAAAUUCAAUCAUAAACAAUGAGGGCGUCAAACAGAAAUAAAGGUUUUAAGGUCCCUAUUUAAUCUUCUUGUGUACAAAUAUAAAAACUCUUUUUCUUUAUAUCAUUACUAUUGUUUGUCUGUAAAGUGCUUAGAGACAUCGUCGAUGUAUUAAGCGCUAUAUAAACGCGGAAUAUUAUUAUUGUUAUUAUUGUUUUGUCGUUGGUGUUGUUGUGGUUGCCAGUAUAUGUAAAUAUUCAUGAAAUUCAUUUCUGGAUUUUGUGCAGAUAUAUGUUUUAAUCAUUAAAACAAAUCAAUACAUGUUUUACGAUUGACUUUAUGUCUACAAAAAUCAGGUCUCAUGAUCGUAUUGUGAAGUGUUAAAUUCUGACAAGGCAUGAAUGAAUAAGGUUUUGGUCUACACAUGCAUAUGAAUUCCGAUAUUCAUUCAACAAACACACCCCCAGAAAGCGGGUACAAAACGGGCAUCGCUUACACAAAUGGUUACUGUGCUAAUGUUAUUGUUUUAUUUCAAUAGAACAGAUGUUUUACGAAAUAAAAUAUCUAUGAUUCUUGGCUCUGAAUCUAUCUUGAUCAGUCCGUUUUUCACCAACCUCACUUACUUGUAAAAUUCAAAUCGAUUUUCUUUUAAAUCAGCGACCUGACGUACAUGUGCUAUCAAACUACCUGGUCUAUUGUGUAAAUGUACAAUUUUAAACCGGUAGAGCUUACAUAUUAUAUUAAAGAAGAAAUAUAAAUGUAUUAAACCACAUGCGUACAAAUUCGAAAAUGAACUUAUUAAAGUUGAAACAGCAUUUUCUCACAUAACACUUCUAUCAAAACUGUUUACCAUAUUAAUUAGAAAAAACACGUCUAUAUGAAAUAUUAAUAAGUGUAAAAUAUAUCUGAUAUCGUUUUCAACGUAAUAUUUUUGCCUUCACACUAAAUCAUUUGCUUUUAUUUAGGAAGAUCACUAAGUAGAUAUUCUAAUCUUGAAAUGUCAGUCGUUAUCACUCAUUUUCAAAAGACAUAUCAUAAAUAUGCUUGUCCUCAUAGCUACUAUAAGAAAAAAAUUGCCUGCUAAAAUUGAUUCGAUACAAUAUGGUAUAGCAAACUCAAUUAAACACUUAUUUCCUUAACCAUUAAAACUAUAUUGAUUUGCUUAAAGCAUAAACAAUUUAAGAGUCUGUAGAGAGGUAUGGAUAAUAAUAAAUACAGAAAACGGUUUUUGGAGAGUGUGUACUUUAGUCUUAAUUAUCAACGUUUUUGUAUUUGUCCAGUAAUUUCAAGGCCUGAUAAUAGAGUAUGAGUCAAGCCCUGAGUGUCAGGUAAUGCUUGUGUUUCUACUGGGAAUUUAAAGUUUGGUGUUUAGUAUCAGCGGAGCCUUACGUGUCAGGUAAUGCUUGUAUUUGUACAGAGGUAUUAAAGCUUGGUAUAGAUUACUAGUCAAGCCUUGAGUGUCAGGUAAUUCUUGUAUUUGUACAGAGGUAUUAAAGCUUGGUGUAGAGUAUCAGUCAAGCCUUGAGUGUCAGGUAAUUCUUGUAUUUGUACAGAGGUAAUUAAGCUUGGUGUAGAGUAUCAGUCAAGCCUUGAGUGUCAGGUAAUUCUUGUAUUUUUACAGAGGUAUAGAAGCUUGGUGUUUAGUAUCAGUCAAGCCUUGAGUGUCAGGUAAUUCUUGUAUUUGUACAGAGGUAUUAAAGCUUGGUGUAGAGUAUCAGUCAAGCCUUGAGUGUCAGGUAAUUCUUGUAUUUGUACAGAGGUAUAGAAGCUUGGUGUUUAGUAUAAGUCAAGCCUUGAGUGUCAGGUAAUUCUUGUAUUUGUACAGAGGUAUUAAAGCUUGGUGUUUAGUAUAAGUCGAGCCUUGAGUGUCAGGUAAUUCUUGUAUUUGUACAGAGGUAUUAAAGUUUGAUGUAGAGUAUCA